CGAGGCGGUGACCCCGCGGGGUCGCGCGGGGCCUGGGCACCGCGGGUGCGCGUGGGGUGAACGGGGACGUGGAGCUGGGGGCGCUGGGGGAACCCCGGAGCAGCGCGGUGAGCACGGGCAGCCCCGCACCCCGCGCUGGUGGGACCCCAAUGGGGAGCGCAGGCUGCUCCGGGGUCUCCUGCUGUGGCGGCUUUAUUUUUUCCCAAACGAGAGAGAUUUGCCCUCAGCUUCAGAACCGGCAUCCCAGGUUGGGGUGAGAGGAGGAGGAGACGCUCGGCGCGGUGUCAGGCUGUCACUCUGGUGUGACACGGCCAUUUGUCCUUCUGGGGACACCCCCAGCCUCCUGCUGGGCUGCUGCCGGGCUCAGGGCGCUCCGCACUCAGCCUGUACCCACACGCCCAGCGCGUGGAGCAGGAGGAAGGAAUGAAGCAGGCAUUGCGCCGGGAAGCGGCCACCGGCUGGGUUUGGGGGACAGCGUUGAGGCCGGAGCUGCUUGGGUUGGAACUGGUGCCACCUCGUGCUGCAGGGACAGGGGGGGACAUGGAGCCGGGGAAUGAGCAGCCCCAGCUGUGGGUUCCUCUUGGGAGCAGUUUGGUGUGUGGCAGUGGCGUGGGGACGCUGGGUCGGCUGGCAGCUUGCAGAGGGCACAGAGUGGACGCACAGGAGCCCUGCAGGACAGAGCACCCCCAGAGCAGCACGGAACCCCACUUGGCUGAGGACACGCUGGGAGCACCUGGUCCCAUCAGCAGCCCAGGACAGCGCUGCAGCCACUAACUUGCAGCUUGCUUUUCUCUGUGCCAAAAACACGUGCUUCUGUCUCACUCAGUGUCUGUGUCUUGCAUGAUGGGGGGUCGCACAGCAGAGAGAUGGUGCGUGGGUACCUGGUGGGGGCCAGGCUCUGCUGUCUUCAGCUCCAGGAGUGGUGCUGGGCCUGGGCUUGGGUGCAGGGGCAGUGGGCUGGGCCAUGCUGGGGUCACGCUGCACAGCACUUUUUGGGGUAAGGCUGCUGCCUGGGGUCAGCUCUGCGCCUCUGCCUCUCCCCUAUCCUGUAUCAGGGAGGAUUUGGGGCUCCUGUCCAGGCUCCAGCCCAUACCAUCCUGGGGGCUUAGCGACCAUGACCCGCUGUUGUUCUCGCAGGAUCCAAGGUGCUGGUGUCUCGCCCUGCCUGGAGCCUGAGGUCCCGCGUGCCCAUCCGCCUCCCGACGUCACCAAUGCGACCAUGGGAACUGGCAGUGAAUAGGCGGCCUCCCUCUGCCCCUUUUAACCAACGCCGUUUCUCAGGGGGACCCUGCAGCAGCCCUGACCACCUCCGGCGAAGCAGCCGCACAUCCCUGUAGAUGAGCCCCGCGCCUACGCUCUCCCCAGCACACCGCCACGAAUGCUGCACCCGGCCGCUCACCCGCCCCACCAGAACCCAUUCAUGGUGGAUCUUCAUGACCAGGUGCACCAGGGACCCGUCCCUCUCUCCUACACGGUCACCACCGUCACAACGCAAGGCUUCCCCAUCCACACCAGCCAGCACAUCCCUGGGUGCAGCACCCAGCAGCUCCCAGCAUGCUCAGUGAUGUUCAGUGGACAGCACUACCCGCUCUGCUGCCUCCCGCCCCCGUUGAUCCAGGCAUGCGCCAUGCAACAGCUCCCGGUCUCCUACCAGACGUUCCCCCCCAUCAUCUCCAGCGACCAUUACAUCCUGCACCCGCCCCCACCGCCAGUGCCCCCUCACCAGCCGCCCCACAUGGCUCCCCUGGGGCAAUUCGUGCCUCUCCAAGCCCAGCACCCGCGCAUGCCUCUGCAGAGGAUAGACAAUGAUGUGGACCUGCGAGGGGAGCAGCACCCCAUUGCUGGCUUCACAUACCCCCCGUCCCACCACGCUCCCACGCUCUCCCCCUCCGUGCCGCUGCAUUACCUCCCCCAUGACCCGCUGCACCAAGAGCUGCCAUUUGGCGUGCCAUACCCCCACAUGAUGCCCCGGCGGCUGAACACCCAGCGGUACCGGCUGCAGCAGGCGCUGCCCCCCCCGCCGCCCCCUCCACCACCCCCUCCGUACUACCCGAGCUUCCUGCCCUAUUUCCUCUCUAUGCUUCCCGUGUCGCCAACGGCUGUGGGGCCCACGAUCAGCCUGGACCUGGACGUGGAUGAUGUGGAGAUGGAGAACUACGAGGCGUUACUGAACCUGGCCGAGCGGCUGGGGGAGGCCAAGCCACGUGGACUCACCAAAGCAGACAUCGAGCACCUCCCGUCGUACCGCUUCAACCCUGAGAGCCACCAGUCCGAGCAGACCCUGUGCGUCGUGUGCUUCAGCGACUUUGAGGCCCGGCAGCUGCUCCGCGUCCUGCCCUGCAACCACGAGUUCCACGCCAAGUGUGUCGACAAAUGGUUAAAGGCGAACCGCACGUGCCCCAUCUGCCGGGCGGAUGCGUCGGAGGUGCAGCGGGAGGCAGACUGAGGCCGGCGGGCGCUGUGCCGCACAAUUCGUUAGAGGAUGAGGACGUCGGGCCAGGGGCGGGGGCCGCUGCCCACUGCCAGGGCCUGGCCGUGCGCUUACCCCCCCUCCCCAGAGCCUCUCCUCAGAUGUGGUGAGCGCUGAGCAGCCCGGGCUGCGGCCAGCCCUCCUCUUCCGCCGUGGCACGGCCCCGCCGCGCUCCGGGGCCCAAAUGGUGUUGUGCUGGUGGCGGGCAGCGCGGCCGUGUCCUCCGCACUCCAAAGACGCUGUCGUCGCUCCACCACUUUCCAGGUCUUUGUACUCCGCUAGGGAUUUUUUUUUUUUUUCCCCCCGUUUCUCACAUUUUUUUGUUUGUUUUGUUUUUAGGGUAGAUUUUUCUUUUUUCUUCCGUUUCCUUUUCCGUUGCGUUUCUUUGGUUCUGUGGCCGCUCUUCCCCUCGGCGGCGGGAGGAGAGCGGAGGGCGCCCCGUAGCCGGGUGCUGGCGGGCCUGGGGCCACAGAGGGGCGGAGGUGGGGCCACUCCCCACUGCUCCGUGUCCUUCCCAGGUGGGAGGACGGCCCCAAUCCCUGCUCACUCCGUGCACAGCGAGGCGGCCAGGCCCGGCGGGGAGCUUUGCGUGGUGGCCCUGUUUGCCCCUGGGCUCCCGAGCGCCUCAUCCUGCGGGCCGGGCGGCGCGGCGCAGCGCGGGGUUCUGCCGUCACCUCGGGGUUGGUUUUCCCGUUGGGCGCUACCCGGCGCUGUGGGGAGGCCGGGGCCUCGCGGUGCCGGCCAUCACGGCGGUGCGGCCUGAGUCAUUUUGCAUGAUUAAUUAGCGAGGAGGAGGGGGGGGACGGGAAGGAGGGGAGCGCCCUCCCCGCGUCGCUGAUGCCUGGGAGCCUCCGCGCGCGGCCGCCAGCCCUAUGUAAAUGUUCACAAAUAUGCAUGCAUGUCUGACCAGCUUGGAACGUGGUCUUGGCUACGUCUAGCCGGCUGUGGGGUGAGGGGGGUGGGGAGAGGGGUUUUUGUGCUCAGCUGAUACUGCCAUGCACUGUACUGCACAUGUCCGCAACGCCACAGCAGGACCGUGAGGCUUUCAGGGCCGUCCCCGUGGCGGCGUGUGCAAGGGGCUGCUCCCCGCGGGGCGGGGGCGGGCGGCCGGGCUGGGCCCCGGCGGCGAGGGGUUGGCGGCCAUGGCUAGGUGUGAGGAGAGGGCCGCGCCCGGCAGGUGGGGGGCGGGGCGCGCUCCCGCGCUGCCACGCCAUAGGUGCGGAGGGGCGUGCCAAUCAUCGGGCGGCCGAGGCGCGCCCGCUGCUGAUUGGCGGGGAGCCGCACGCGCGCUCUCCGCCAAUCGGCGAGCAAGUGCCGGUCUCCACCGGGCCAAUCGGGCGCGGGGGGCAGCGGGCGGUGCGUUGCGAUUGGUCGGCUCCCCUUUGCCUCCCUUCCUCGGCCGCCCGCCAUGUCUGCGGUCAAGGCCCGGGCCUGGUGCCCCCUGGGCAGGACCCCGGCCCCGUCCCCGUCCCCCGCUCAGUGACAGAUAACCAAAGGAGUCCCCGUGCCGCGCGGCGGCCUCGCGCCCCGGAGACGCCCCCUCGUCCCCUCCCGCCCUCGCGGUGCCCAGGGAGCCAGGAAAGCCUUACGGUCCUUUGACGGCGACUCGAAAGCUCACAGCUCGUGUGCUGCAGAAUUUAUUCCAAUGAGCAGCUAAAAGUAUCAUUUAAGAGAAAAAAAAUAAUUAAAAAAAAACCCACAAAAAACGACAAAAAAAAAAAAGACAAAAAAAAUACUAAAAAAAAAAAAAAAACCAAUUAUUUAGGGUGUUUGUGAUUGCUGACUGCGCUGUAGAUACCACUGUUUACCAAUGAUUUCCUGUGGUGGGAUAGUGGACUGUUUACUGUUCUAUAUACCAGUCCCCGGGCCUCCGGAGCGAGCGCCGCUCCCCGGCAGGUGCUAGGACGUGUGUUCUGUGUUAGAAAGUUUUUAUAUAUAUAUAUAUAUAUAUAUAAAUAUAUAUAUAUAAUUUUUUUUGCUCUGUUACUUGCACAUUUUACAGUUACCUCAUUUUUCCCAUGUAUGUAUUUGAGAAAAGGCUAAUAUAUAGAAAAAAAAAAAAGGUUCUUAAAGCUCUAAAAGUGUUUGUUUUUUUUUCCAUUCCAUUGGAAUCAUAUUGGUUUUGUAGCAUUUAACAUAACUAGUAUGUUGUAUUAUAUAUAUGUGUAUUAUACUGAUUGAAAUUUUUAACAGAUUUGUACUUUUUUUAAAAUGAAAGUUGCUAGUUCUGCUUGACCAAGUAGUGCAAUCAUUAUUUUUUUUAAUGUUGUGGCUGAUUUUGAGAGGGAUAUUCACUAAUAAAUGUAUGAUGUAUACCAAG